AUGAAUUGCUGUGGAUCAGUUGGAGAAACAACCAUGGAUGCGACAUAUGUUGAGUGGAUGAAAAAUCUACCGAUCGAACUGCAUAAUGAGGCUAUUACUAAACUUGCUAUUCCAGGUACGCACGAUUCGUUUGCGUUUUAUUUAUCGCGGCAUGCGGGACCAGAUAUGGAUGCGAACUUACGGCGUUUACAUGUACUGAUCAGCCCGAUUAUUAAAAAUUGGAGUAUUACACAAAAUCUAACUUUUGCCGAACAAUUACAAAUUGGUAUUCGAUAUUUUGAUUUACGUGUUUGUCGAACAACGAAUGAAUCUCAAUCGAAGCGAAGUCCAUUUACAUUCACACAUGGCUUACUAGGUGGUCUAGUUCGCGAUGGUCUAGAAGAAAUCAAUGCAUUUCUGAAUCAACACUCGAAAGAAGUUGUCCUACUGGAUUUCAAUCAUUUCUAUGAUUUUACUGAUCAAUGUGGUCAUGAACAACUGAUUGAAUUGAUUGAUGAAAUAUUCGGAGCGAAAAUUUGUACCACAGCAGAAACAAUUCUCGAAUGUACAUUGAACUAUUUGUGGGAUAAACAGCAACAAGUUAUCUUACUCUACGAACGAAACCGUGAUCAGUGUUCGGCCUACAUGAAUCGGAUCGGUCAUUUCUUUCAAAUUUGCCAAUCUCCUUGGCCAAACACACCACGCGCUGACGAUCUAUUUCGUUUUCUCGAUGAAAAGAUCUCGACCACUCGAUCGACAUUGUGCGUCAAUGUACUUCAAGGUCAACUUACACCUGACAGUGCAACAAUACAAAAUAAUCCAUUCAGUUCGUUGCAAAGUCAAGCAAGAGAAAUCAAUCGACGACUAAUCGAAUGGCUUGCAUCACGCCAACGUGAUCCUUCACUACUCGACGGUGUCAACGUCGUCAUCUGCGAUUUUGCUGAUCGACAUUUUGCUGAAGUUGUCAUCAAACUCAAUCAUAAGUCUCUGACAUCGUUGUAA